AUGUCUGUGGAAGAACUGAAAGAGUCGGUCGAGAAGCUCGAAAACAGAAUCAGAGCCUUGGAAUCCAAGGCCGGUCUGACUACCAAGUUGCCAGCUGCCCUUAGAAUGGUGCUCAUCGGACCACCGGGAGCAGGAAAGGGUACCCAGGCACCAAACCUCAAAGAGAAAUUCUGUGCUUGCCACCUGGCUACAGGUGACAUGCUGCGUUCACAGGUCGCCCAGAAGACUCCCUUGGGAUUGGAGGCCAAGAAAAUCAUGGACCAGGGUAAGCUUGUGUCCGACGAAAUCAUGGUCAACAUGAUCAAGGACGAGCUGGCCAACAACCAGGAGUGCAAGAACGGCUUCAUUCUUGAUGGCUUCCCUAGAACCAUUCCCCAGGCUGAGAAGCUGGAUCAGAUGUUGGCUGAGAACAAAACUCCUUUGCAAAAGGCCAUUGAGCUCAAGAUUGACGACGAGCUGCUUGUUGCCAGAAUCACCGGUAGACUUGUCCACCCAGCUUCGGGAAGAUCUUACCACAAGAUCUUUAAUCCUCCUAAGGAGGCCAUGAAGGAUGAUGUCACUGGGGAGCCAUUGAUCCAGAGAUCCGACGACAACGUCGAGGCCCUGAAGAAGAGACUGGUCACCUACCACGAGCAAACCGAGCCAAUUGUCGAGUACUACAAGAAGGCCGGUAUCUGGUCCGGGAUCGAUGCCUCACAAUCGCCAAAGACCGUUUGGGCUGAUAUCCUGAAAUGUCUGGGUCAGUAA